AUGCUCUACUCUGCAUUAUGCAUAGUGAGUCUCUGGACAUGCAUCCUUGCUUUUCCUCUGCCCCCGGAAAUUGAAAAAAUUGAUUAUCAACAAUGGAAAAUAGCAGAGGAAUAUCUCAAUAAAUACUAUGCAUAUUUUCCUGAACCAUAUGAAAGCAAUAUGGAAGACAAAAUAAAAAAACUGCAAAAAUUCUUUGGCCUAUCAGAAACAGGAGUUUUAAACCCUGAAACUAUGGAAAUAAUUCAGAAACCUAGAUGUGGAGUACCUGGUGUAGAAAAUUUCCAGUUGUAUCCUAACACCCCUAAAUGGCCUUCCAAUGUUGUGACCUACAGGAUUCUCUCUUAUACUUUGGACAUGCCAAAAUAUAAAGUGGAUCAGUUAGUAGAGAAGGCUUUUGCCCAAUGGAGUGAAGUUUCACCAUUAAUCUUCAAGAGAGUGUUAAUAGGAGAUGCAGAUAUUAUGACUAGUUUCACCAGAGGAGCUCAUGGAGACUUCAAUCCAUUUGAUGGACCAGGAGGAAUCCUAGCUCAUGCAUUUGCACCAGGGAUAGGAUUAGGAGGAGAUGCUCACUUUGAUAAUGAUGAACAGUGGAGUGAUGGCAGCCAAUUAGGAGUUAACUUUUUAUUUACUGCUACUCAUGAAUUUGGCCAUUCUUUGGGGCUAGCUCAUUCUUCUGACCCUAAAGCUGUGAUGUACCCUACCUAUCGCAUUUUCAACUCAGAAGACUUAUUUCUGUCAGAUGAUGAUAUCAACAGCAUUCAGACACUUUAUGGAAAAGGGAGUUCUUAA